UGCCGAAGAGACGCAGAAAGCAUCGAAAUAUUCCUUGGAUAAAUUUGAACUUCUAGUCAUAACAGUAGCUACAGAUCGCACCGAGGGAUACGAGAGGUUUCUCGCGUCCGCUGAACGGGAAGACCUGACGGUGGAGACCCUUGGUCUCGAUGAAGAAUGGCGGGGGGGCGACGUGGUUCACACAACUGGCGGGGGACACAAAGUGAACCUCCUCCGCAAAGCCCUGGAUAAAUACAAGGAUCGAUCAGAUCUCCUCAUCAUGUUUGUGGACAGCUACGAUGUAAUCUUCACCGGCAACAAACAGGACAUCCUGGAAAAGUUCUUUGCACUCGAUGCCGACGCCGUUUUCUCAGCCGAGGGCUUCUGCUGGCCAGAUGCGAGUCUCGAGAAUAAAUAUCCAGAAAGCGAUGGCAAGAAAUAUCUCAACUCCGGUGGCUUCGUGGGCUUCGCACCGGCUAUCCACAAAAUUGCCACUCACGUAGCUAUACAGGACGAAGAUGACGAUCAGUUGUUCUACACGAAGAUCUACCUCGAUCCUAGCCUGAGGGAGUCACUGAGGAUUCGUCUAGACAACAAGUCGACAAUUUUCCAAAACCUCAAUGGAGCGGUCGGCGACGUGAGCAUAUCAGAGGAUGCUUACCCCAAGGUGAAGAACACCGCUUACGGAACAGAACCGAUUGUCAUCCACGGUAACGGACCAUCGAAGGUAGCGCUGAACUCACUCGCAAAUUACCUAGCGGGCGCAUGGAAGAAUGGCGAAGGAUGUCUCGUCUGUGAAGACCGAAUAACGCUCGGCACGGAUACGGUGAGCACUCGCAUGCCGCAAGUGACGGUGGGAAUUUUCAUCGAGGAGGCAACCCCAUUCUUCGACGAAUUCUUGGAUCACUUCAUCGAACUCGAUUAUCCGAAAGAAAAAAUUUCCUUAUUCAUCCACCGCGGCGUCGACUACCACAACGAACGUUUAAGACAGUUCGUAGAAAAUGGAGCCGCGAGUUACGCGAAACUCGAGAUGACUUCGACCGACGAUUUGCUGGAGUGGAAAGCGAGAGAACGAGCACUGGAAGUUUGCCUCUUGGACGCUUGCGACUUCUACCUGAAUCUGGAUUCCCGAGUACACCUCACGAAUCGCAAGGUUCUUCAACACUUGAUUGCGAAGGACCGGAAUUUUAUCGCUCCCCUGGUCAUGCGAACCGGUCAGGCUUGGUCGAACUUCUGGGGCGCCCUCACGUCGGAAGGUUUCUAUGCACGGAGCCACGACUACAUGGAGAUUGUCAAGGGCGAGAAAAAGGGUAUUUGGAAUGUCCCGUACAUCGGAGAAGUGUAUCUCAUCAAAGCAUCAGUAUUCAGCAAGAAGCCUCUGAGUUACGUCAACGGAGCCUUGGAUCCGGACAUGGCUCUUUGCAAGAACCUACGCGAGAGGGGAAUAUUCAUGUAUGUCGACAACAUGGAAGACUUCGGGUUUCUGAUAAAUUCAGAGCACUUCGACACUAGUAAGAAGCACCCUGAUUUCUACGAAAUCUACAACAACCAGUUCGCCUGGGCUCUACGUUACAUCCACAAAGAGUACAAAGAUAUAUUCAGCAAUCACACCGGGGUUCUGCGUCAACCCUGUCAUGACGUCUUCUGGUUCCCGUUGGCAAGUCCGACGUUUUGCACACAUCUCAUUGAGAUAAUGGAGAACCACGGUGGUUGGUCCGACGGCACCAAUUCGGACCCUCGACUCGCCGGAGGAUACGAGAACGUGCCAACUCGGGACAUCCACAUGAAACAAGUCGGUUUGGAGCCGCAAUGGCUCUUCUUCCUCCGGGAAUACGUGAGACCCGUCCAAGAGCACGUGUUCACUGGCUACUAUCACGACCCUCCGAAAGCGAUAAUGAAUUUCGUCGUUCGAUACCGACCCGAUGAGCAGCCGUCAUUGAAGCCUCAUCACGAUGCCUCAACGUAUACUCUGAAUCUGGCCCUGAAUCAAGCUGGGAAAGACUUCACCGGCGGUGGUAGCCAUUUCAUCCGGCAGAAUUGUUCGGUGACCUCAUCUCCGUCUGGAUGGGGCCUUCUGCAUCCUGGACGCUUGACUCAUUAUCAUGAGGGCCUAACCACGACGAGCGGUACUCGCUACAUCAUGGUAUCCUUCGUGGAUCCUUGAGAAACUCUCAACUCAGGGAAAUCGAAUGGGAAGCUUCCUCUCGAGAACUGUCCAGUCAGAUACGGACGCAGAUAUUCUUCACCUCUGAAAGUCUCUGGAGGGUGCGGACAUCGAUUGUCCUUUCACUUGUUGAAUGCCACAAAGAUAUGAAGCCGAAGAUGCCCUGUCUGGGAGUGUAAUGCUCGCUUCCCGGAUAUUCCGAAGUGCCAUAAGCUUUUCUCAGCACGAACAUGAAUCUCAAGCAUCGUGUCGACCCUGUCUAAGAGUCUGGUCAUU